CGGUCGGUGCUGAGUGUGUUUUGGUUCAGGGCCUGAAAUAAGCAAAACAACAACACGGAGAGAAGCAGCGCCGGGAAUGUGAGCUGAUUACUGGGAUGCUUCCAGCUGAAUGUUGUUAUUUAGACGGGGAUGAGAUGAAGAUGUUGGUUUGGAGCGAGAGUCGCCGCUGCUGAGUGAGAAAUAAUCACUGAAUCUCCGUUUGGACAGGAUCACCUGCAGAGCCCGUGGGCCUUUUCUUUUAGCAUAUUUUUAUUUAAUCUUUUAGUUGUACACAUACAGCCGCGACAGUAACAUGGAGGAAACCAAGAGUCCUCUGAAGUCGAGAAAGCCUGCCCGCUCGGGUGGAGGUAGAGCCUCGUCCAGAGCACAGAGGGAGGCUUUUUCUCAGAGGGAAAACACAAAGACUCCCAAUCGCAACAAGAACGCAGCAUCCAGAGGGAAGAACCAGGAGGAGAACCUGGGCGGGUACGGCGGGGGAAAGAUGCCCGGGGGUACCCCGCAGGAGCCGGGUAAAGCAAGAGCCCGCAGGCUGACGGGCAGAACCGGCUCGGGGGAGAGAGGGAAGGGCCAGGAGAGCCAAGCGGGGGGCAGAAACGGUAAUCCGAAUCCACUCGGCUCUAAGGAGGAGAACGUUGGCCCAAACAAACCGUCCAAACCUACAGCACGGGACAGACACACAGGUGAGGUGUCUGGGCGACGCCCGGCCGAGGGUGUUCCAGACGAGGGGAACUUGACCUCCGAUCAGCAGCUGGGACUCAGACAGGCCGAGGAGAGGCUGCAGAGAGACUACAUCCACAGACUGACCAGGCAGUCACCCGACUACCCGAACUACCAGUACAUAUGCAAACUGUGCUCGGUUCACGUGGACAACAUCCAAGGCGCUCACAAACACAUCAAGGAGAAGCGGCACAAGAAGAACAUCAUGGAAAAACAAGAAGAGAACGAGCUGCGAUCAUUACCGGCCCCCUCUCAGGCACAGCUGAGGGCGCUAGACUCUGCUGUGAUGGAGGUGGUUCAGCAGCACGGCAUCUCGGAGCAGGAGUUCCAAGAGAGACGAGCAGUACUGAAGAACAUGGAGAAGAUCAUACAGAAACGUCUGGCCACGUGCUCCCUCCGUCUCUACGGUUCCUGUCUCACUCGAUUUGCCUUCAAGACCAGUGACGUCAACAUCGACGUGCUCUAUCCCGCCUCUAUGACCCAGCCUGACGUGCUCAUCCAAGUGCUGGACAUCCUGAAGAAGAGCGCUGAAUUCACAGAGGUGGAGUCGGACUUCCACGCCAAAGUUCCCGUCAUCUUCUGCCGUGACGUUUCCAGUGGCUCACUGUGUAAAGUCAGCGCAGGAAAUGAUGUCGCAUGCCUCACCACCAAUCACCUGGCAGCGCUGGCCCAGCUCGAACCCCGGCUGGUCCCUCUGGUGCUGGCGUUCCGUUACUGGGCCAAGCUGUGCCACGUGGAUUGCCAGGCCGAGGGUGGCAUCCCCUCCUACUCUUUCUCUCUGAUGGUCAUCUUCUUCCUGCAGCAGAGGAGACGGCCUAUUCUGCCCGUGUAUCUCGGCCACUGGAUUGAAGGCUUCGAUGCGAAGCGAGCGGAUGAGUAUCACCUGACCGAGGUCCAGGCUGGACGCUACGUUGGGUGGGAACACCGUCCAGGCAGCGCUAACGAAGGCCGAGGGGAGAACAGGGCCAAGAACGACCCUAAAAAGAUGGAUAAAGCUGCUGAAAGGAAAAACGAGAACCUGAAGGGCAAGGCGUGUCUGGUCCUGGAGAAGACGGACAGCGCGUGUUUGGGCCAGCUGUGGUUGGAGCUGCUGCGUUUCUACACACUGGAGUUUGCUCUGGAGGAUUUCAUCAUCAGCAUCCGGCUGAAGGAGCUGCUGCCCAGAGACGUCAAGAACUGGCCACGUCGGCGGCUCGCAGUAGAGGACCCGUUCACACUGAAGAGAAACGUGGCGCGCAGUCUGAACAGCCAGAUGGUGUUCGAGUACAUACAGGAGCGUUUUCGCACCGCGUACCGCUACUUCGCCUGCCCCCAGAGCGUGAACCGGCGCCCCGCCGACCGAGACGCCCCACGUCCGCGAAGGAGACGGGCGGCCAGAACCAGCGGCGGCGAAACCCGCGAAGGAGAGGAAAACAGCACCGACGAAGAGGAGGACGAGGACGAACCGGACGAGGAUCUAGAGGUCGGAGACGAAGAAUGUCUAGGAAGAGGAUUAGCCAGGCUGCUCGUCGAGGAAGAUGACGAUAACGGAGCCCGUCGCUCUUCAUCUCUUUCCCUGUCUCCUCAAAACGGCCUGUUGCUGGACAGCGAGGACGAUGAGAGGGACGACGGGGGGCGGAAAGGUCCGAAACGGGACAGCAUCGCGCCGGAGGAUCUGCACUAUAUAUUUGACAGGAUGAUCUUCACUGGAGGAAAGCCCCCGACGGUGGUCUGCAGCAUCUGUAAGCGGGACGGCCACCUGAAGGACGACUGUCCCGAAGACUUUAAGAAGAUGGAACUGAAAGCACUGCCUCCCAUGACUGACCGCUUCAGAGAAAUCCUCGACAGCCUGUGCAAACUCUGCUAUGAUAACUUAUCUCCGUCGCUGAUGGAGCAACAGAAGAGGGAACAGAUCUUAGCUGGUCUGGAACGCUUCAUCAGGAAGGAGUAUAACGAUAAAGCCCAGUUGUGUCUGUUUGGCUCCUCCAAGAAUGGCUUUGGGUUCCAUGACAGUGACCUGGACAUCUGUAUGACGCUGGAGGGUCACGACACAGCAGAGAACCUAAACUGCAAGGAGAUCAUUGAGGCUUUAGCCAAGGUCCUGAGGAAACACCUGGGUCUGAGGAACAUCUUGCCUAUAACGACCGCCAAAGUGCCUAUCGUGAAGUUCGAACACAAGCAGAGCAGCCUGGAGGGAGACAUCAGCCUGUACAACACGCUGGCGCAGCACAACACGCGCAUGCUGGCCACCUACGCAACGCUGGACCCACGUGUGCAGUAUUUGGGCUACACGAUAAAAGUGUUCGCGAAGCGCUGUGACAUCGGUGACGCCUCCAGAGGAAGUCUUUCGUCCUAUGCCUACAUCCUAAUGGUGCUGUACUUCCUCCAGCAGAGACAACCUCCCGUCAUCCCCGUCCUGCAGGAGAUCUACGAUGGGAACAGCAUGCCGCAGAAAAUGGUGGACGGCUGGAACGCGUACUUCUUCGAUGACCUUGAUAAGCUGCGGCAGCGUUGGCCAGAGUUUGGGCAGAACAAGGAGACGGUGGGUGAGCUGUGGCUCGGCCUGCUGCGCUUCUACACAGAAGAGUUCGACUUUAAAGAGCACGUCAUCUCCAUCCGCCAACGCAAACGCCUCACCACCUUCGAAAAGCAGUGGACCUCCAAGUGCAUCGCCAUCGAAGAUCCUUUCGACUUGAACCACAACCUUGGAGCUGGAGUCUCUCGUAAAAUGACGAAUUUCAUCAUGAAAGCUUUUAUCAAUGGCAGGAAGUUGUUUGGAACUCCGUUUUAUCCCCAGUCUGGCAUGGAAGCAGAGUACUUCUUCGACUCGAAGGUGCUGACCGAUGGCGAGCUGGCUCCUAACGACCGCUGCUGUCGGAUCUGUGGCAAAAUCGGGCACUACAUGAAGGACUGCCCAAAACGACGCAGAAUGAAGAAGAAGGAAAGCGAUAAGGACGAUGAGGCGCGUGAGGAGGACCGAGAGCAGAGAGAGAGGCGCUGUUUCCAGUGUGGACUUGUGGGGCACGUGAGGAGAGAAUGUCCCGAAUACAGACACCUACGCCAGAGAGCAGGACCAACACAGGCUGGUCCUCAGAUGGUCCACACCAUGGUGAGUUCUCAGGCCAUCCCGAUUCCUCAGAGCGCCACGUCCCAGGACCGAGCCGGCAGGACCAGGCAGCCUUCUGAAUGCUCCGACACGCGUCAGACUCCGCCCUACUCUCCUCAGCCGCCUGCGUUCAUCCAGUCCUCCGUCUCCCCUCAGUCAUCUCAGGGUGGCAAACCUUCACCCAUCUCCUCCUCCUCCUCCUCAUCUGCACCGUCCAAACCCCCCCAUCACCCCUCUCUUCCCACCCCUACUCCUCCUCAGCAGCAGCAGCAGCAGGUUCAUCUCUCUGUCUUUGGUUUUGCUCCCCCUCAGUACAUGGGUGUGAUCUCACCGGGGAACUGGCCCUCUCACCCGUCCUCCCCGGGGGUAAAGUACACCAUGAGAAAGGGGCAGGGGAACGGAGGGGCGGGGCACAACCAAGGCCCCGCCGCCGUCAACCUUAACGACCCCAGCAUCAUCUAUGCCCAGCCGGCAGGGCGGGACGGAGGGCGUCACUGGCACAACCAUCAUAUGAACAGCUCCGGGGGUCUGGUGGCUAAUGGCACGGUGGGGAAAGCAGGUACACAUGAGCACGAACACUGGGAGACGGGUUACCAGACUCCGUUUAGCUCUGUAGGUCCGGUCUCUCGCUCGCUCGGUCACAGCAAUCCUGGCUCGAUUUCGCCCUCCUGGUGCAUCCGCAUGCCACAACCAUACGUACAGCAGCACAGCAAGCCUUUCAGCCCCCAAGGUGCGGUGGCGACUCAGCACUUCCCCCUCCGGCAACAAGGCCGUCCGGUCAACCUCAGCUUCAUCCAGCAGAAGAAAUAAUGAUAAUAAAAAGAUAACGCUGACACUUUAUGUUUGAAAGCCAAUGCCCAAGGUCCUUAUCAAUGACAAAGAAGAAGAAGAAAAAAAGAGAAUUAAGAAAAGUCUAACUUUGGUCACAAGACUUUUUAAAAUGAAUUUUAUCAUAUUUUUUGUACAGUUUUUACAUUCAUUUUUUGUCUCAUCACAUUGAUUUGUGAUAGGAAAUAUCCGAUAUUUUAAUGCCCCCAUUUUUGGAGGGGUCCCAAAAAAAAGUGUUUUUAUUUGUUGUGUAAAGUAUGGAUGGAAAUGAAUCCUCUUUAUUUUUAUUGGUGUAUUCAUAUUUUGCUUGCAUAAGGACGACGGCUUUGGAUAGAAAUUUGUUUUAAGGAAAUCAGCAUACCCCCCCCCCAACCCCCUCCCCCCCCCAAAUAAUGAACUAUGUAGUGCCAAAAAUCUUCCUUCCUCCUCCUGCCUCCAGGAAAAUCAAGAAAAGCUUCAAAGAACGUAAAAAAAAACAACAACAAAACAACCAAAAAAAAAUAAAGAACAGCAAACCAACA